CAGAGAGAGAGAGAGAGAGAGAGAGCAAGUGAAUGGGAGAGAGAGUGUGAGAGUGAGAGCACAAGAGAAAGGUGGAACGCCUAUGCUCUGGUCAGUGUAAGAUCUUACCAGACUGAACAUUUAGUCAAUUCAGAUCAUUUCUAAGAUAACGCAUAUGGUUCUAGUUUGACCUUGGGGUCAGGGAGUAGAGAUCACAGAGAAGAAAGUUCCUUGUCGGGAGAGUUGGUUUACAGGUGUGUUUGGAAUGAAGAUGUCAAUGGUGAAACAGGCAGCAAUGGCUGCGGUGGUGGUAGUGAUGGGAAGCAUGGCCGUCAUCGCUCUAAUCCUCACAUUAGUUCAGCACCACUCAGUGGAUCUCCCCCAACGCAUGCAGUACGGGAUGGUGUUUGACGCUGGAUCCACACACACUUCUCUCUACAUGUACCGUUGGCCUGGAAACAAAGAAAACAACACUGGGGUGGUGUCACAGAUGCUGGUCUGUGAUGUUGAUGGAUAUGGCAUCUCUAGCUAUGCCUGGGACCCCCCUGCUGCAGGGCUCAGUCUGAGGAAGUGCCUGGACAGUACACUGGCAGUCAUCCCUGCCAACCAGCUGAGGGAAACUCCUGUGUACCUUGGUGCUACCGCUGGCAUGCGACUCUUGCAGCUACAGAAUCAGACCCAGUCUGAUCAGGUUUUGGAGCAAGUAACCAAGGUGAUCCAGGGGUAUCCUUUUGACUUUCGGGGAGCACGGAUUCUCUCUGGGAUGGAGGAAGGGGCUUACGGAUGGAUCACCACCAACUAUCUACAAGAGGGCUUCAUUAAGCAUGGCUUUGAGGGAGGAUGGGUGCGUCCUAAAGGAAGGAAGAUCUGGGGCGCCCUGGAUAUGGGAGGCUCUUCCACCCAGAUAGCCUUCACUCCCAGCCAGCCUGUACGGGACCCUGCCUCCACCCUGGGACCCAAGCUCUAUGGUUACCAAUAUGAGGUGUACACACACAGCUACCUGUGCUAUGGCAAGGAGCAGACAAUGAGGCAGCUACAGGUUAAUCUUCUCAAGAUGAGUGGGUCUACCCGCCCAGUCAACCACCCCUGCUACCACCUGGGUGACAACCUAACCCUGACUCUGGGUGACCUCUAUGACUCCCCCUGCGUGGCCAGACCCAUGACCUUUGACCCAGCCUCAGUGGUCACCUUCACAGGGACCAGUGAGCCACUUCAGUGUCUCAAACAGAUAAAGAACAUCACGAACCUGGAUGCCUGCUCCCUGGCCCCUGACUGUGGCUUCAACGGGGUCUACCAGCCCCCUGUCAGUGGAAACUUCUUUGCUUUCUCAGCAUACUAUUACACCUUUGACUUCCUUGGUCUGGCACCUCAGUCCUCUCUGUCUCAGGCUACCACCACUAUAGACACUUUCUGCAAAAGGACCUGGAGCUCGCUCAAGAAAGAGUACACUGUAAAAGACAAGUACCUUCGUGAUUACUGUGCCUCAGCCAACUACAUAAUGACAGUACUACUAGACGGCUUCAAGUUCAACCAGACCUGGGGAAACAUAUACUUCCAGAGACAGGUGGCAGACACAGACAUUGGCUGGACGCUGGGCUACAUGUUGAACCUGACCAACCUGAUCCCCUCAGAGCUCCCCCUGGUGGUGACGGGUGUGCAACACAGCCAGUGGGCAGCGGAGGUCUUCUUCAUUGUGUUUGCUGUGUUCCUCAGCCUGAUGGUACUGGUCCUACUGUGGCUCUGGAGCCCACAGGACGGACGAGGCAACAAAUGACAAUCGAUGAACGUCUCGGUCUUCUAGUCACCGACG